CAUUUUCAAUGCAAAAUACUUUUCCUAACCUUUUUGGAUAGUACUGUCUGUCUUCCCAUCAUGCUUUGCGUAUGACACCCUUCUUCAGAGGACACGGUAAGAGGUCGGACUUAGCACGGAGAUUAAUAUCGCUCGAAAUGUCUGACGUAAUCGAAGAAAAGAUCAAGAACUACAGGACGGCACCUUUUGACGCCCGAUUUCCAAACACCAACCAGACCCGUAACUGCUUCCAGAAUUACCUGGACUUCCACAGAUGUAACAAGGCUCUUUCUGCGAAGGACCAGGAUGUGGCUCCAUGCGACUGGUACCAGAGGGUUUACAAGAGCCUGUGCCCCUUAAGCUGGGUGGCGAAAUGGGAUGACCAGAUCGAAGCUGGAAGUUUCCCUGGGAAAAUAUAAAUGGACACAUUCCAUGACAUCUUCAUCUGAUCUCGCGUCCAUUCCCCUGACUUUCCCCAUGAACAUCUUUGUUUCUGUCGAAGCAUCUUGGAUGUUUCUGUAAAAAUGGCUAAGAUAAAUAUUUAAUGUUACAACUAUA